AGUAAAGAAUUCGAUAGUAUCGACCACGGUCGUCUCCUUCACAAGUUUCUGGACUGUGGAAUCUCGUCAAAUGCACUAGAAGGGUUGCGGAGGUAUCUUACUGAACGAAUACAAGCAGUUCGGAUUGGCGCUGAUCGAAAUAUCGCAUUUACUUCCCAUAACGAUUUCAUUUUAUUCAUCAAUGAUCUUCCUUGUAUCCCGUUAAAGGAACUUGAAA